GCACGGAACUCUGGCAUGGCAUUGGCAUUGACGAAGAAUUUGAACGUCGAGAGAACUUUGUGUUAUUAAUCGCACUAUCCAAGUAUCCUGGCGGGAUCCUGGCCUCCAUGUGAGAGUAUUCGGCAAGGGCGGCUUGCUCGGAGACGAGCAACAUGGCAGGAGGGAGGCGGCAACAUGGCCUCCUUACAAAGGAGAAGCGCUCAGGUCUCAAGAAGCUCAAUGCUGUCUUGCUUAAGUCGCCGAACUUUGAGAUUGCCUGUGUAGCACUCAAAGUGAGCAGGGAGUUACAAACCAAGUGCAAUGAUCAAGACUUUGAACGCUUGGCAGAUCACCUCUGUCUGCAGUGCGUGCGCAUCUGCAAUGAUGUAAAGGACGAGGUAUUCGCUUCAAUGCAGCAAGAGCUGAGGUGGUGACAGCGGUUGGCAAGGAGCGCAAAAGGUUGGUGGUUGCGUGGCUGGACAGGAAAUGGAAAGGAUUGCCCUCGAUCGAUCACGAAGGCUCCAGUAGCUCCCAGUUCCAGAAUGAAAGCGCGCAUACUGAGGUCGUGUAAGAUGAGGGGAUAUGCCUCCAACAUGAGGAUGACGCUAACGCCCUUCUGGGCGCCAGUGAAAAAUGUGUAGGCCAGGUUGUUGCAGAAGAUGCCACUAACAUUGCGCAGGGGGAAUUGGAACCAGAUGGGUUGAAUCAGAAUGCAGCCAAUCAACAUGGCGUAAUUGAGGGCCAGCUUCAGAUGUUGCGCCAAUGCCAAGAUGAUAUUGCCAAGCUGCUCUCUGAGCGACGGACUAUGGACGAGCGGCUGGCGGACAAACUGGCAGAACUGUCCAAGGAGCCUGGGCAAGAAGCAUCAUCUAGAUACCUCAGGGUUGAGCUAGCCCAGGUCAGGGACACACUGCUGCGGAGACUACGUCUCGAGUCCCGCGAGCUACUUCAUGACUUUGAAAAAGUCGAUGCUGCAGUAAAAGUCGUGGAGCAAGAAGAGGAGGGUUUGAUCGCCCAAGACUUUGUGGAGGCUUCACCAGAGGGAGCGAGUGGCCCUCACAAAAGAGGUGAUGCUAGAGCCAAUGAAGCGCCGUUGAAUGUCUCUGAAAUGGCAAAAGAACCAGAAGGGGGUCGGAUGCAAAAGCCAGGGGAAAAGCGAGGGGAAAAUGGUGACGAGGAGUCACUGACAAAACAAGCCAGGGAUCCGGAAAAGUCGGUUCCUGGUGAAAAAAACGCCCCGGUAGGAGCGUCAACUGUACAGAGAGAGGUCAGUGCUGCAGCGAGUGUACUGGAGGAGGUUGCAGAGGUAGCGGACGCUGAGCCUGACACCAGACCUGCCUUGACGGCCUUGUACGAUGCUGCCACAAUAGGAAGUCAGUCGUCUGAAGCCUUGCCAAUUGCUGUGGCGACGGCUGAUUGUGUUCCCCCGAAUACACCAUCGGUCGCAGAGGACAGGCCAGGCGGAGAGGAAGCCGCGCUGUGUUUGGAAGCAUUUGAGGCAGUUGCCAGCAAAGCCGAACUGUUAGAAAGGGCAGACGUGGAGGUUUCCGAAGAAGGGAAGACCAUGAGCAGCCGGGAAGCAACCCUGCCGUUCGUAGAUUCUGUUUUAGACGGAGUGGGCAAAGGUUCGACGGUGGGGCUGGGCUUCAAGCGGAAGCGACAUGGUGACCGCCUCAAGCGAAAACGAUCUGAGUUUGAGGAUGUUCUCGUUUUCGAUUGGAACUUUGGGUGGGAGGAUGAUGCAGCCUUAAAAGUCUUUGAAGCAUUCUUUGACAAUAGCGACUCUAGCGCCUCGUUUCGAACCUCUGAACCCGAACAAAGGAUGCCUAGGCAGGCGGCCGAGUUUGGCCGCUUUAGAAGCUCUUUAUUGGCAGAUGUAGAGGAAUCUCAAAACACGGUUCGAUCAGGCGGAAAUGCGACUGGUAAACGUCAUCGCCGAAAACAAUUGGUGCCUCUCCAAGUCGUCAACUUGCCCAUCAAAGAAAGCAUGAAAGAAUGUUGACAGCAUCAAUUUUGCCUUAAUCGAGACAAAUUUUCUCAAGC